UCACUCCGGCGCUUUUUCUCGGAGGGAGACUAACACUGAAUUAGCAACAGUUGGUGUCUAUUACGCACCACCCUAAUCCUCUACAGAGUCAGGUCGUCGCCUAGUAGCAUGAAAACCAUGUUAGCAAUUAUCUCAAACGCACUUUGUAGGAUCACUGGCAGGAAUGUGGGAGCCCAAACAGUGUCGGAGCUGCUGAUUGACCUGUCAGAGUACGUCAGUCUAUCGUCGCCCGCGGCGCCUGCUUUGCCAAAGUCCCAGCGACAACCACCUAAACCACCACCAGGAGCCAGAGUUGUUGUCUCCCGCUCCUUUGCUGACUUCACCCCUCAGACCACCUUUGACAUCAAGAAAUGUGACCUCCACCGCCUGGAGGAGGGUCCUCCACUGAAGGCUGAGCUGACGAGGGAGCAGGGUCUGCAGUAUUACCGCACCAUGCAGACUGUGAGGCGCAUGGAGCUCAAAGCUGAUCAGCUCUACAAGCAGAAGAUCAUCAGAGGCUUCUGUCAUCUGUAUGAUGGACAGGAAGCGUGUGCUGCAGGCAUCGAGGCUGCCAUUAACCCCUCGGAUCAUCUGAUCACAGCCUACCGCGCGCACGGAUACACCUACACCCGUGGCGUGUCCGUCAAAGAGAUCUUGGCUGAGCUUACAGGCCGUAAAGGCGGUGUGGCCAAAGGGAAGGGAGGCUCAAUGCACAUGUAUGCUCCACAUUUCUAUGGAGGCAACGGCAUCGUUGGUGCACAGGUACCUUUGGGAGCAGGUAUCGCUCUGGCCUGCCAAUAUCAAGGUAACAACCAGGUGUGCGUCACGCUUUAUGGAGAUGGAGCAGCUAAUCAGGGCCAGCUCUUCGAGACCUAUAACAUGGCUGCCUUGUGGAAGCUACCAUGUAUUUUCAUCUGUGAGAACAACAAGUACGGCAUGGGGACGUCAGUGGAGAGAGCUUCAGCCAGCACUGAUUACUACAAGAGAGGAGACUUCAUCCCUGGAAUCAGAGUAGAUGGAAUGGACGUCCUGUGUGUCAGAGAAGCCACCAAGUUUGCUGCAGAUCACUGCCGAGCUGGAAUGGGUCCUAUUAUAAUGGAGCUGCAGACCUACCGUUACCAUGGUCACAGCAUGAGUGACCCUGGCGUCAGCUACCGCACUCGUGACGAGAUUCAGGAGGUUCGUAGUAAGAGUGAUCCCAUCUCCAUGCUGAAGGAACGCAUGCUCAGCAACAACAUGGCAUCUUCAGAGGAGUUCAAGGAAAUAGAUGUAGCGAUCCGUAAGGAGGUGGAGGAUGCGGCCCAGUUCGCGACUUCUGAUCCAGAGCCACCACUGGAGGAGCUCUGCAACCACAUCUUCUAUAACAGCCCGGCGCUGGAGGUCCGAGGCACUCACCCAUGGUCCAAACUCAAGUCCACCAGCUAGACUCCACCACACAUGUACCCAAAUAUACACUGACACUACAAACACUUCCUUCACUUUCCUGGACCUUAGAGCUCAACAUUGUGCACCUUGAUGGGACCCAGCUUUUAUCAGAAACCUUGCAAUGUUACUUGUAUACUUGACUUAUUUAUACGUUUAUUUAGAAAUAUUUAUUGCGUAUGUCUGUUCUGCUCUCUCCUGCUGUAGUUUUGCUGGUUGAUGAGUAAACCAUGUUUAAAAAAAGGUUUAAAAAGUCACAAGGCUGCACUAUAAAUGAACAAAAAUCUUGUUUUCCUCUUACGACGUUUCCAUAACAAACUUUCCUUCAUGUUUAUCCUGUGUUUUAAGCUGUUCUUAAAAGUUUAAAAUGUCCAGAAACAGUUUACGACCCUCUAGCUUGAGCUUGUAGUCAUGAAUAUUGUGUGUCUUAAAGCACAGAACCAUCUGCUAUGUAUUUAGACAAUUCUGGCCUCUUUACUUGGUGAUUAGUGUUUUAUUUGAGAGAAGAUAAAGGAACAUGGGCAUGGCUGCUACAAGAAAGAGUUUUAAUUUUAAUACCUUCAGUUUUGUUCUACACUAGAAACUGAUGAAAGGUAAUGAUUGAACUUUACCUGCUUGAGUCAUGGUUGAGACAAUAGAAUCUAGUUUGUGGGUAAAACAAAGGCAAACAUUUUUUGUUGGUCAAAUAGAUACACUAUUUAGAUGCAAUAUAUUUUACUGUUUACCACUUUUACAAGUGCAGGUGCAGAAAUUGAAUACUAUUAUGAAUCUGUUAAAGAAGAACUGAUGUCUAUGUACAGAUCAGAAAGUUUAUUUGUGCGUAGGACAGACUGUGAAAUAAAUGCUUUAAAGAAAAAGUGUUUUCUUUA